GGCGGCGGGGGACGGCUGGGGCGGCUGUCGCCCAUGGUGUGCCCGCUGGCCAAGCUGGGCCGCGCGUCGCCCACGCCGUCGCCGUCGCCGUCGCCCGCCUUCGAGCCGUACCGCUACCAGCUGGAGCAGCCGCAGCAGCAGCCGCACCCCGGCUACCACCAGCCGUACCACGCCGUCGAGCACCAGGCCUACCACAAGCUCGGACACGCCUCCGCCGCCGACACCCAGGCGUACCAGCUCCGGGCGUCGCCGUCGUUGGAGCACCAAGCGUACCACCACAAGCUCGGGAGGUCGUCGCCGGCGCUGGACCACCGCCAGGGCUACCACCACCAGCUGGAGCAGAGUUACCACCUGCUGAGCCGCAGGUCGCCGUCGCCGUCGCCGCCGCCGCCCUGCUACCACCAGGCCUACCACCACAAGCUGGGCCGCGCGUCGCCGUCUCUCGACCAGGGCUACCACACCCUCGUCUCCCCCAGCCCGGGGCCCUCCACGCCGGGGCCCUGGGUAGAGCCUGCCAGCAAGACGAAGGCGUCGUCGUCGUCGUCGUCGUGCCGCAACCCGUGGGAGCGGCUGCCGGACGAGGCGGUGGUGCGCAUCUUCUCGUGGCUGGACGCGGUCGAGCUGAGCGCGUGCGCGCGCGUCUGCCGCCGCUUCAACGUGCUCGCGUGGCAGCCGCAGCUGUGGCGCGUCGUGCGCCUGCGCGGAGACCGCGUCUGCGCCGACAAGGCGCUGCGGGCAGUCCUCCGCAGGCUGGGCGUGCACGCGGCGGUGGAGCGGCUGCUGGUGAGCGACGGGGCGCGCGCCACGGACCGCGGCGUGGUGCUGGCGGCGCGCCGCUGCCCGCUGCUGACGCACCUCCAGCUAGCCGGCUGCGGCGCCAGCGUCUCCACCGGCGCCGUCGCCGAGGUCGCCACCCGCUGCGCCAACCUGCAGCACCUCGACCUCACCGGUGAGUCCGCCCCGCCACACUAG